GUCCACUGCCCUAACCACUGGGCUCCACCACACCUGAGCCAUACACUAUUUUAAAAAUUUGCAACAGGUCUUUCUGGUCACCUGUUGACUAUGAAAUCAUCACCACCACUACUACCAUUAUAACGAAUACUAUUCCUACCACCACCACUACUACUGCAAGCGCCAUUAUGACUACUAUCACUGCUGCUGCUGUCAUUUCCUAGUUUUCUUUCAAUAUUUUGAAUAUCACUUAAGCAGGUCAUGUCAGCCAGAUAUAACACAAUAAAUCUACUACGAGACAGUUAAUCCAGCUAAACACACUAUGAAGAUUUCACCACUAUCUAUCUUCAUCCUUGUAGUUGUAGCUGGGUCAGUCUAUUCAGUCACCCAACCCCCUUUGAUGACAGUUUACCCACCCACCUUGGUACCAUUUAAGGAUUCAGAGACUGUGCAGCUUCUAUGUCGGGCCACUGGCGAACCACAGCCUACGUAUACUUGGAAAAAAGACCUGCGGGACUUCAAUCCAGCAGGUAAUGAUGACCGUAUUGUCAAGCUACCAAAUGAGGGAACACUUGUGUUCAACCGACCCGAACAGAAAGAUGUCGGCAUGUAUCAGUGUUUUGCAAACAACUCCCAUGGCACAGCCAUGUCAGCUGUUUUUGAUUUGCGUCGUGCCUACCUCCAACAGUACCCCAGUCAGACUGCAAUGACUUAUUCAAGAAAACCUGGAGAUGUUCUGAUCCUCCCUUGUAAUAAACCGAGCAGCUUCCCUGAUGCCAAGAUGAUGUGGGUAUUGAAACAGAAAAACGGACAAUUUGAAGGCAUUGAUUUUAAUCAACGAAUCACAAUGGAUCAUGAAGAUAACCUGAUCUUCACUAAUGUAUUAUCAAGUGAUGCUUAUGAAAACAUCGCCUAUGCCUGCAUGGCUACCAACAAGUUUGUACGGCAGAACACACAAGGCAGAUCGAACUAUUUGCAAGUUCAAGAUAUGCAACCAGAAGAUCAUGAACCCAAUCUCAUUAUUGGUACCCCUAAUGAGAUGACCUUUCUCAAGGGUCAGACUGUGCAGUUGAAAUGUAUAUUCGGAGGACAUCCAACACCAGAGGUGAGAUGGUCCCGAGAUGGUAAGGCAAUAAAACCGGACGCAAGAAUCAAAUUUGCCAGCUUUGGUCUUGAGCUGAAAAUUCCAGAUGCUCAGUUUGAAGACGAGGGUAACUACGAAUGCAGUGCACAAGCGACAGGCUCCAGUUACAAACCACAACACGUCAUAAAAGUUAAAAUUCAUUCUAAACCUGAAUGGACCAUGAAGCCAGAAAGCAUUGUGACCAGUGCUGGCAGCUCAGCUUCCUUCUUCUGUAAUGCAACCAGCGAACCUGCCAUUGACAGAUUGAUGUGGUUUAUCAAUGGAAGAAAGGUUGAGGAUCUUCCCAAUCAAAAUAAAUUUCUAGUUAGGAAAACCAACCUGACAGUCAUCAACCUUACACCUCAAGAUGCCAUGACCAUCCAGUGUAACGUCAGUAAUAUCUAUGGCUAUGUAUUCACUAACGUCUUUCUAAACGUCCUCGCUGAAGCUCCAGAGUUGCUAGAACCGGCGAACAUGAUUCUGAAGAUCUCUGAGGGUCAGAUAGUAAACAUUACAUGCAAGACGACUGGCUAUAGUUCGGUGCAGGUGCUCUGGUCGAAGGACAACAAACAGAUAACUGGUGGCAGGUAUCGGACACUGAGCGAUGGUAAUCUAAACAUCAAGAAUCUGGUCGUAGCAGACGCUGGCAUCUUUCGUUGUACCGCUAGUAACAGGUAUGGAAAGGUUUCAGCAACAAGGACUCUUAUAGUGCGACGUAAGCAUAUCUGUUUGUUAUUUUUUUUCCUUCCCUUCUCUGUGUUUCCCACAUACACAGAUAAUUUCAAAGAUAUGACAUCACAAAUAUGGCUAAUUAUUCAUAUAGAACAAUUAGAUGAGAUUUCAAUCAAUUCACUGACAAUUUACAUUGUUAUAUUUCCUAAAAUAUUCAUCCAAAUUUCACAACGGAAAUAUCAAAACGUUUCUCUUUGGAUGCUCUCCAAGAAAAAGCACAGUAGAACGAGACCAGAGGCUCCAACAAAGGUGAAUGUGAACUGUUAUGCAGAAUAUGCGACCGUCUCUUGGACAUCUGGAAGCACAAACAAUGCGCCAAUACAGUUUUACAUAAUCCAGGCAAACACCAGUUUCAACCCUGACCAGUGGUCAAUGGUAAACAAGGUUUCCUCGGCUGAAACAAGAAUCGACAUCAUUAUGUCCCCCUACACCAACUACACAUUCCGUGUGGUGGCACAGAACAAAAUUGGAGAGAGUAAACCCAGUGACCACGCCCUGGACAUGUGCAAGUCAAAGCCUGGUGGAACUGUGCCCUACCGACAACCAUCCAAUGUGCACACACGAGGCGAUCGCAAGAAUUACUUGACAAUUAUGUGGACAAUCAUGCCACCGAUUACACACAAUGGCCCUGACUUCAAGUAUGUGAUUGAGGUGAGAUUACGGAACAGCACCGACACACCAACCAUUAAAACCAUCAGUAACUGGCAAGUGAACAACAUAUCCAUUUAUACCAACAAUAUCUACAAGCCCUAUGAUAUUAAAAUGAGGGUGAAGAAUAGCAUAGGGGAUGCCAACGUGAGCUCUGUAAGGAUUGUUGGAUAUUCAGGAGAGGAUACCCCACAAGCUAUAGUGUCCAAUCCAACAGCAGGAUUAAUUGAGGCAACAACAGUGGCCAUCACCUUUGAUGGGGUUGACCCUAAUUCACUCCUCAUCCGUGGCAAAUUCAAUGGAUAUAAGAUCCAGUUCUGGAAGCGCAACAAGAAAAAGAGCACAUUCCAAGACUAUACCUUCUACAUUGACGAUAUAGAAGACAAAAACAAAGCCCGCAAAAAGCGGAGUGUCAGUGGGGGCCAGGUGACCCUCCAGCUGAAGAACGUCUACCCUUACUCUGAUAUUGAGGCUCAGGUACUUGUCAUCAAUUCCUACUAUGUAGGACCACCAAGUGAUGUCUUUAGUUUCAAGACAGAAGAAGGAGUUCCUGGACCGGUUCCUUUCCUGAUAGCAUCUGUGAGAGGUUCUAACCACUUCCUCUUAGAAUGGGAUGUGCCUGAGGACAAGAAUGGUUAUGUUGUUGGCUAUGACAUUGGAUUCCAAACAGUGAAUGGAUUGAACUUGGGGAAGCUUCGUGAUAUGGAGCCACAAGUGACAGAUGCCUCUUUGAAACAGAUCCGACUAACAGGUCUCCGUUCGUCCCAGUUAUAUCGAGUGUUCAUUUGGGCUCGUACCCUUGUUGGUAAAGGUGACCCCUACUUCAUUGAAGUCUCAACAAUUAAACCAAGUACCCCAGCAGUGCCAACAUUUUCCUUUGUCCACAUUGACGUCCAUUAUGUGAACAUCUCUUGGCCAGAGAGUCUGAAAACUGACAUGCAUGGGAGUGUUUACUAUAUUGAGUAUAGGAAAGAAGAAUCUUCCGACUGGCUGCAGACAACUGAUGAGUCAGUGUUUAGCUGGAAAAAUGUGACCAAUCUUGAAGCAGGAACUGACUAUGAAUUCAGACUGGUGGCCACAAAUGGAAUGGUAACACAAGCAAGUGAGAUACAAGUGGCAACUACAUAUGGACACUAUGUGGGCUUUGCAGGAACCAGUGGCUGGUUGUAUGGUAUGUUGGUGGCUCUACUAAUCCUUGUAUGUAUUGCUAUUGCACUGUACGUACUACGGGAGAAGAUAUCAGUGCGAAGGCGCGAGUCAUACAAAAAGAAUAUGGGAGGCUCCAAGGCCCAUAUUGACAAUUCCUCAGACUUCCGUGAUGAUAUUGGUUACGUCAACGAUGGGGGUCGUCGAUACGGAACAUCAGUAAAUGACAGACUUACAAAAGAGACAAGUCAUGAUGACAGUAGCAUCCACAAGAGCCGCAGCAACAUGAGUGUGACAGAUGGGGCACCGAGUCCCGGCAAGGAUCAGUACUUGCCGCCCAGAUAUGAGGACCAACCCUACAGCCAAAACUACGACCCCAACUACGAUGAUUAUUACCAGCCAAAUUAUGAGAACAACCCUGACACUGCAGAGAACAUCAAAGGGGACCAAUACUAUGGUGACGGUGCCGAGGAUUAUUACCCUGAGGGCACUGAAGGUUACUAUGGUGAUGGUUACUAUGGCGAUGGUUACUAUGGCGACGGUUACGAUGGUGAAGACUCCAAUAACUAUGGUAAUUACAACUAUGAUGAUGGUGCCUAUGAGGAAUACCAGCGCAAACGGCAGAGUGGUCUCUCGAAUGCUGGGGCCAAUGAUGUCCCCCUUAAAUUCUCAAGCGGUCAUCCGAAAGAUGAUGACAAAGGGGAUGGCUCUGGAGGGACAGGACAUAAUGUAAUGACCACUUUUGUUUAAACAUCAGGGGAGGAGAGUAUGAAUGUGCCUUGAGAGGGUGAGUAAUCGGUGUGGCAGAUAACACCCUCAUCUCUUACUCCACACUCCCCAGCCCAACUGUCCCUUAAUGUCCCUUUGCCCUCAUCUGCUAUUUUCUAAUUACCCCUUCCUUUUCCCACCACCAUCCAAGUCUCUCUUCUUUUACCUCUGUCUCUGUGCACAAACACACACACACACAUACAUAAACACAAUCAUCUGCACACAUGUUUAUGACCUUGUGGUUAGAGUAUUGAACUCACAAUCUAGCAAUCAUGGUUUCAAUUCCUAGACCAGGUGGUACAUUGCUUUUUGAGCAAAAACACUUCAUCUCAUGUUACUCUGUGAUCACUUCAACACCUGACCUUUGCUACACAGUGCAAUGUCAGAGAGGAGAGAAUCGGUGGUGGAAAAUAUGUGCCUUGAGAGGGUGAGUGGGCAGCCUGGCAGAUAGCACCCUCAUCUUUUAUUCCACACUCUCCAGCCCAAAUUUCCCUUAACAUCCCCUUGCUUUCAUCUGAUCUUUUCUAGAUACCCCUCCCUUUCUCACCACCAUCCAAGUCUCACUUUAUUUUUUAUCUUUAUCUCUGUGCACAAACAUUCACACACACACAUACAUGCAUACAUACAUACAUAAACACAAUCAUAUGUAUAUGCACACACACACAUGUAAUAUAUAGUUCAGAAAUGAGAUCCAGAGAUUCUCCAUACAGAAGACAGUAGUGCUCAAAAGAUUCUAACUUAGACUCCAUUGUCUUUACAAGGGGUCAUUCCACAAGGUAAAGAAAGGCCUAUAAGAGGGAUCAAAUUGAGUGGAUAUAAAGGCAAUUAUGUUGGUAAACAAAUUCGACUCAUCAGAUAUAUUAAAUACAUCAAAAACAAAAUAUGUAUAUAUGUUUACAUGCCAAAUGAGAGAAAUCUAAAAGUGGAAACCUUCAGAUGAACUUUUAUGUAUAAAUAUAUAAAUUUUAUACUGAGUGCAAAAGACAGAUAAACGAUGUGUCGAAUUUGUUUAUCCACAUAAUUGUCACUCUCUCUUUCUUCCCCCCCUCUCUCUCACUGGCACCUCUCCCACCCCCACAUUCUCUGCUUCCAUCCAUCCCUCUAUCCCUUCACACACACACUAUAUUACCCUAUGUCCAUGCUUGCUUCUCACUCUCCCCACCACACACAAACUACCACCACUGCCACCGUCUUAUGGAUAACUGCCCUCUUCUCCACCUCUUCCAUUCCCUCUCCCCCCCCCCAUCUUUGUAAAUGUGUAAAUAUGUUAAUUUGUCAUUUUUGUUUUAUACAUUCCAGCCUACACAGACAUAUACAUAUAUAUAUAUAUACACAUAUACUAUGCACAUGUACAAUACAUAUAUGUAUAUACUGCAUUAUAUAUAGAUGUAUAUGUGUGUGAAUAUAUAUAUAUGUGUGUUUCUGCACACAUGUAUAUACAUAUAUACAUUGUAUAUGUAUAUAUAUUAAAUGUUGGACUGCUUUAUAUAUCUCAAUAUUAUAAAAUUACUAUCACUACUCCACCCCAUUUAAAUGAAACUAAACUGUUAUAUACACACAUAUGUAUAGUGUGUAUACACAUACAUAUAUAUUUACACCUAUGUUUUCUAAUGUUUUUAUAUGAUUUUUAUAUACACAUAUUUUAACAUACUAUGGUGUAAAGUGCAGAAGGGUAUAAAGUCAGACAUUAUUAUUAUCAUUUUUAUUAUUAUCAUUAUUAUUAUGUGGUCAACUUUGCCUUCCCUCUUUUUGGAGCUGACUUACACUUUCCCCCAAAAUUACUGACUUUGUGCCAACGUUUGAAACUAUUAUUAUUAUUUAAUACGCUGCACAAUAUCCAAUAUCAUGAUGCUGUGGAUUGAAGAUAUUGUGUCUACCAGGAGUUUGUACUGUCUGUCAAAUCACAACAAGGACCUCGGACAGUACUUUACACAAAAUGCAUGCAUUUCCAAGUAAGGCCAAUUUUUGCAAUACACCCAGAUUGUACGGCAUUUCUAAAUUCUUAUUUGGGUAUGUGCUGUGCUUUGUUGUCGUUCUCUUAUUUUCCCUGUAGAUUAUUACUAUUAUUAUUGUUAUGCCUUGUAUUCACAUAUUCAUGAUUUUAGCAGUAACGGGUUUGUCCUCUCUGCUUGUAUUUUGUAUACCAGAUGAAAAGUAAAUAUUUUUUAAAUA